AUGGUUCAACUUGCACAGCCUGUUGUUGUGUCGCUCAACGACCUCAGACAGGCUUCGCAGGCUCUGGGCAACGACUUACAUGCGACAUAUGUUAUAGGCAACAUUCCCUUUGAGACUCUCAAGGAGGCUUUUGGGCCGGAGUCGCUGGGGAUAUUAGUAGUGAAAGACAUCCCCCCCGAAUUUACCCACUUGAGGCACCAGACAUUGUCGUAUGCUUCUUACUUGGGUAACCUGCCCGAACAAGAGCUGAAAAAGCUCGAGAAUGAGAAGGCUAAAUACCUGACGGGGUGGUCGCUGGGGAAAGAAACACUCAAGAGUGGCCAAGUUGACACGUUCAAGGGUUCGUACUAUGCCAACUGUGCGUUCUACGUCGAUGCUACCCUCGACUGCGCCAAGUCAACCGCCGAGUUUAACACGGAUAACUUCCCCGAGUACCUGUCGCCCAACGUAUGGCCAGCUCAGGCUAUACUUCCCGGUUUCAAGCCCAACCUCGAGAGCCUUUGUCGGGUCAUCAUCGACACGGCUGUCCUCGUUGCGCGGGCAUGCGACAAAUACGCCGAAUCCGAAAUCCAGACAUACCCCAAGGGGUACCUGGAGCAUGUCGUGAGCACCUCGAAUACGACGAAGGCGCGCCUGUUGCACUACUACCCGCAAACCCAAGAAGCGCUCUCCAAAAUGGGUGCCGCCGACGAUGACUGGUAA